CUCAGUAUUAAGAAUGUCUGUUCUUCCUGGUCCCCAGCUUAUGGAAUCGUCGUUCGAUAAUUUCGUCUAUGGAAACAGCAGCUUGCCGCAAUCUGUAACGUCCUUACCAGCGUACACCCGCCGUCUAUCGCCACCGUCUAGAGCUCACCGCCAGUUGACAGAGCAUGUCGUAGAAUUAUCUUCCGAUAACACCAAUAAACGCGCUAAACCUUGGGCAACUCUGCGAGUAUACAGCAAAGCUCCAGCGGGGUCAUUGCCGACUUUUCUGGAAGGAGAGACAAUCACAGGUUCCGUAACCUUGAAUUCAGACAUGAAUAACAGUCGACAUGUAUCAUGUGUGAAGGUUAUAGUCAGAGGAGAAUUGUCUUCCGGGGUUCUUGAGGUCGACCGCAUCACAUUUCUCGAGACUUCAACGACGCUCUGGACGAAAGAUGCGGAUGCGACGAGACGGAACGGAAUGUAUUGGCCAUUCUCUAUCCACCUGCCUGGUGAAAUUAUGGCACCGUCUGGUAGGAUGAACGAUGUUCGGGCAUAUCCUCUUCCUCCUACGUUUAUGGAAAGAAAGACCCGUGCAUGUAUCCGGUACAAUCUUAUUGUGCAUAUUUCCCGGAGUAAAUUCAGGGAGGAUGGUAAUUUGCAGUUGACCUGGAUUUAUACCCCCACCACGAAACCAGAGCCUCCCUCUCCAUUGCGUCAAUUGGCUUAUCAGGAGAAUAGUCCUCUCUUGGGGCCCCAAGUCGAUCCAAAGGGAUGGUAUACUCUGCCUUCGGCAAAGGUUUACGGAACUUUAUUCAAGAAUAGAAUUGUGGAAGUGACACUGAAGCUCUCACUUGCGCAACCGCUUAGCUACACGCGGGGCACCGUAAUCCCUCUUUCACUAAUGCUCAGUUCUAUCGACUCUCAAGCCCUAGAUUUGCUAUCUACCCGCCAAGCUCUGACAGUGAGGCUGCGCCGCAAGGUCUCUUAUAAACGUGCACAAAAUCUUGCUGAAAUCAACGCUCCAUGGACUAGUGUAAUCCCAACAGAGCCAACCGUCGACUUUGCUGACGCAGUAUGGUGGCAACGACCAGGAACUUUGAAUUUGAACGAAACUGGCCCCUUGCCGGUCAAAACGAGACUCUACAGAGAACUGGAAGGAGAAAUAUUACUUCCAAAAAGUUUGAAACCGACAUUUCACAUAUCCCAUUUCGGUAUUGAGUAUUCUGUCGUGAUGCUUCCCUUCGAUACUACUGGUUUCGUUCCUUCUACACCUGCGCAGAAAUUCCACAAUGGUCCAAUUCUCGAACAGCGCGUGGAGAUCGUAACAAUGUUUCCCAAGGGUCCACGGCCUAUCUCUCAUUCUCCACCACAAUAUCGAGAACAGAUCGCCCACCCUAAUCGGACCUCUUUGCCUCCCUCUCGAGCCUCCCUCUCUCCAUCUAGAGGAUGACAUUUGUGAUUGACUCAAAAGAAUUAUGAAACGUGUUACAAACGCUUUGCAUCCUUAUCGUCACAAUGUAGGAUGUAUGGAUUUAUUGUGUCUCCGAAUUUUUUACAUGUACUUAGACGAACCUAUCACUGUCUACAUAUACUAGCUAUACCGUUCAUAACUAACUUGGAGCCCUUUUCUUUUUCUAAGCGCUAAGGCGCCU